GAGAGCUAUUGUGGCAGGGGCAAAGGGUUAAAGGUUAAAGAUGAGCGUUGUUGACAUUACUCUCGCUUAAAUAGGGAGCUUGUUGGGGUGUUACUGGAACAGUCGGCUGUGAAUAGAGAGCAGCAAGCAGCUAUUUUUUAUGUGUGACUUUUGUCAGUUGUAACAGCUGUGAGUGCCAUAUUCGUCAGUAAAAGAGCCUCACAGUUACUUAGCGGGAAUUAGAGUCAUGGAGCAUGUACCAUUUAAACAUAAGAGGACAACUCUUGAGAGAGCAGAAAAAUUUAUAUCAGAGCAUUAUUUCACUGAUAUUAAUCUACGUAACAGAGUCUAUCCAGCUAAAGCCCCGCUAAAGGAAUUGAAACACUGUGCUGUUCAGGACCGAAUCCCAUACCGGGAUGUGUUAAAUGGAAAAUACUCAUUCAGCCCAUGUGCUGUUGGAGACAGCUUUGGACCUGUAUGGAGUACCCAUUGGUUUGCCCUGACCAUCAGCAUUCCUCCAGCCUGGAAGGGCAAGGAAGUCCAUUUGUUGUGGAACUCUUUAAGUGAAGCUCUUGUGUUUGUUCAGGGAGAGCCUAUGCAGGGUCUAAGUGGUGACAAUGGAAGGACAAGUUUCCCUCUGUGUUCCUGUGCCACAGAACUUGAGUUCACUAUUUACUUAGAGAUGGUUUGUAACACUCGGUUUGGAAUUGGCUGUGGGGCCACCCAGCGGGAAGAAGAUGCCAACAAACUGUACACGAUCUCCCAGGCAGAGAUUGGACUUUUUGACAGAGACAUUCAUGAGCUAAUACUUGACGUGGAAGUUUUGCAUGAUAUUGCGAAGGAACUUCCUGACACAAAUCAGAGAGGCUUCCAAGCUCUGUACACUGUCAACAACAUGAUCAAUACCAUAGACUUUGAGGACAGGAGUACUUUGGAAGUUGCCAAAGGUCUAGCUAAGAAGUUUUUCAGUCAGAAGAAUGGAGAUUCACAGCACACUCUGUAUGCCAUGGGCCAUGCUCACAUCGACACAGCAUGGCUGUGGCCAUACGCGGAGACCAUACGCAAAUGUGCACGCUCCUGGAGCUGUAGCCUGAGGCUGAUGGAGAAAUACCCUGACUUCAAGUUCAUGUGUUCCCAGGCUGUGCAGUAUGACUGGGUGAAAAUUAAUUACCCAAGUAUCUGGAAGACCAUCUGUAAAUUUGUUCAAACUAGACAGUUUGUACCUGUAGGUGGCACCUGGGUUGAGAUGGAUGGUAAUAUCCCCAGUGGGGAGUCUUGCAUUCGGCAGUUUCUGUAUGGUCAACAGUUCUUCAUGAAAGAGUUUGGUAUUAAGUGUAAAGAGUUUUGGCUUCCCGACACAUUUGGUUACUCAGCCCAGUUCCCUCAGAUCCUGCGUCACUGUGGUGUGGACAGAUUCCUCACACAGAAGCUGAGCUGGAGCAUAGUCAACAAGUUCCCUCACCACACCUUUUUUUGGGAGGGCAUUGAUGGCUCGAAAGUCUUAGCCCAUUUUCCACCAGGGGACAGCUAUGAAAUGGAUGGACGAGUGAGAGAGCUGCUGAAGUCUGUGCAGAAUUUCCAAGACAAGGGCCGAUCUAACCACAGUAUGUUUCUGUUUGGAUAUGGAGAUGGGGGCAAUGGACCCAGUGAGGAGAUGUUGGAGAGGCUGGAGCGCAUGAAGGACUGUGAUGGUUUGCCCAAAGUUGUCCACAGCACCUCUGAUGAAUUCUUCUCCGCUGUUGAGAGAGAGAAUUCAGGCAUGCUCUGUCGCUGGAGGGGAGAGCUUUAUUUAGAGCUGCAUAAUGGAACAUAUACCACCUGGGCACAGGUAAAAAAGUACAACAGGAAAUGUGAGGUGUGGCUGAGAGAUUUGGAACUGCUGGCCACGCUGGCAUGUCAGAGGAAUCCCAGCUAUCAGUACCCGUGGAUCCAGCUGGACCGGCUGUGGAAAUUGCUUCUGCUCAAUCAGUUUCAUGACGUUCUCCCUGGGACGUCCAUCACACUGGUUUACAAAGAUGCAAUUGCAUAUUACAAAGACAUUGAGCAGGUUGUCAACCGUGAGAUUCAUAGAGCUGCAAAUGCCUGCGUUUUGAACUCAGGAGGACCAUCGGGUGAAGGAGACAAGGAGACAUACGUGGUCAACACACAGCCAUUUCCCCGAAGAGAAAUCAUUGACCUGGAGCGGCGCUUUGAGAAGGAUGACGAAAUUCCCCCAGAGGUGGAGGAACAUAAUAUACCAAAUGACUUCAUUCAAAUUGAGGUGGAAGUCCCGCCCCUGUCUGUCACUCCACUCAGUGCCUGCGAGGUCAACAGGGUCAAGCCGAAAGUUGAAAUUAACCCUCCCUUGGAACCCGAGGAUGUCUAUCUUAAAAGAGAGGAAGUUGCUGAAUUUGGCGAGGUGUUUGUCAUGAGCAAUGGAAUCAUCAAAACAUACAUAGACUUCAGUGGUCGUAUCUUGUCAUUGAAGAGAUUUGACAAGGCCACCAACAGGUGGACAAAAGAAGCUGUAGAUCCUAAGUUCCCCAUGAACCAGUUUGUGCUCUAUGAUGAUGUUCCUCUCUACUGGGAUGCUUGGGACAUCAUGGACUACCACCUGGAGACAAGGAAGCCUUUGAACACUCUGGAGAUGAUGGCCAAUGACACCAACAAGCUGAGAGGGGUUGUUGAGAUUUUGCUGAAAAUCAAUGAAGAUAAUUACAUCAAGCAGGACCUCAUUUUGGAUGCUGGCAGCCCGUACUUGAGGGUGAAGGUCAAGGCCACGUGGAACAUGAACCGCAAGUGUCUCAAGGUCGAGUUCCCCACCACUGUGCACGCCACUGAAGCUUCCUACGACAUACAGAGUGGCUUCCUGCGCCGACCCAACCACUACAACACUUCUUGGGACUCUGCAAGAUAUGAGGUGUGUGGACAUAAGUGGGCGGACCUGUCAGAGCAUGGUUUUGGUGUCAGUGUUAUGAACGACUGCAAAUAUGGCUGGGCUGCAGUCGAUGGAGUUCUGCGUAUGUCCCUACUGCGAUCUCCGAAAAACCCGGAUCCGCAAGCUGACAUUGGAGUACAUCGAUUCUCAUAUGCCAUUAUGCCUCACUUUGGAAGUUUCCAAGAGGCCAGAACAAUCCAGCAUGCACUGGCCUUCAACAAUCCUCUGAGGACUGUUUUGGCCCCACCACAGGUCAGCACAAACCCUUCCCCAGGGGCUGCGGUUGUUGGUCAGGGCGAGUGGCUCCAUCUGGACUCAGACCAGGUCAUACUACAAGCAGUGAAAAUGGCUGAGGACUGCGGCAAAACCAUCAUUUUACGUGUCCACGAGGCGUUCGGUGGAUGUACACAAGUGAAGAUCACUACUGGGCUGCAACUGGCCAGUGUCCAGGCUUGUGACGGUCUGGAGGAAGUCCUCAAAGAAGAGAAUGUGCAGGAGGGUGUGUCCUGGGAGUGGAAGGAUAGCCAGGGAACAAUUUCCCUGAACUUAUCACCUUUCCAGAUUGUCUCUCUGAGGUGUCAGCUGUCAUAAGCUUGAGUUGGACUUUGGUGGAAACAUUCUUCACCAAUUGCAUUACGCAGUCUAUAGUCUACAUGGUUUACUUAAUCUUUAGUGUAAUGCAUCUUCAUCGGACAGAAAUGUUUACUAUGUUGUGAGGAUGGAUUAUGAAAAAAAAUGCGAUCUUUGGAAUUGAGACCUAUAAAAGUGUAUGUGUACACCAUAUCAAGAGUAUGUAAAUGAAGGGUUAUGGUUUUACUGUAUCAUCAUUCAAAACUGCUGCUGCUUUCAUGGUAAUGACUUGGUAUAUUUAAAUGCCAGUAUUGUAGACUUAUGUUGAAGAAAAGAAAAAUGAACAUGAAGCCUUGUUCUGAUGGUAGAGUGUAAAAUUAAAUCCUCGCGAGUUCUUCAGGAGUGUUCUUACCUCUUUCCGGACGUAUCGCCGAUAUAUCGGCGCGAGUCCACACCCCUUGCGGACGUAUAGCCAAAAUAUUGGCUGUGAUAGGGUGCCUCAGUAUUGUUUCGUUUUAACAUGAUCCGUCAUUUAUAAUUACUUUUUAUUGUUAUUUAAAACUUGGAAAGGGUUUAGGAAACAAAAACAUCUUGUUUCACUUCGUCAAAGCGUGGAUUGGAGAAAAAACGAGUGAAUUAGUUCUUGUGGUCUUGCAUCAAUAAAACGAUGUAACCGGACUCAGUAUAAAUAUCAUAACUCUAACAAAAAUUGGAAUUGCUUUAAAAAAAAAAAGCUGCGCAUUCAGAAAUGUAUGGAUUAUGCUCUUGUCCUGUUUCACAUGUUUGGUGAAUGUCAUUUUUCCGUCAAAAUUUAUUUUUCUUUUCACCAUCGUCAUUUCUAACUCUUGUAAUGCAUACUUAUGUUCAAAA